AAUGUCAGACUACAUCACGUGUCACGUGUAAACCGUAUCUUGUCGUGACUUCCAAAAAUAGUGUAUAUACAUCAUUAUAUUCAAGUACUGGACUUUCAGCAUGUACGUUUGCGAAGUCUUUCAGGGGUGGAUAUAUUUUCUUUGGAUUCUGUUUUUGGAUGCUGAACUCAGCUCAUCGAAAAACUUUGUUUCUCAUUGUCAUAAACAUAUGUUUUGUUAAUUAACGGACACAUUAUCUAACUUAAUGGUAUCAAAACAGUCUCUUUGGUAAUGCAAACUACGUUUGGUGUUUCUAAAUUCUCCUAUUUAUUUUGUCUUUUUCUUAAAAGUAAACUCUUUUUUUUGUAGACAUUUAAGCGCGUCUUAAUAAAUAAAUAAAUAUGGACCUGUUUGUGAUGUGUGAGCUCAUUUGGCAAGCAAUAACGUUCUUAUAACGCCUCACAAAACUUUUUAUUAAUCACAUACAUUUAUUGCUACUGAAAUUUUACUGAAACUUUCCCUUCAGACGCAGUUGAACAUCAUCAUGAGCUCCCGUAGUUGACCAGUAGAGCGUGCUGUGACUCCGGCGGAAGUGGACUCCCUGUCAAGAGAAAUUAGUUUUGCGUUUGGAUAGACUUGUGAGUCCAACAUUUUUUUAUUUUUGCCCGUAAUUUCUCUCCAAGUCAAAAGAGGUGAAGGAGGAGCAGCUUCUGCCUCCUCCCCGCUGGUGGUAACCGGACCGUCCCUCACCUCCAGCAAGCUCAUCACCGCCUCCAUCCGUCCAACCACCAGUGACCUCACCACCCCGUCUGCCUCACAUCCGAGCCCGGAACACCUCGCCAUGUCUCAGCCCGAAUACUUCUGCUGAACUCAACUUCACAAGGCAGACAGUCCCAUGGGCCAAAGCGGAGAGUGGAGAUGUUCAGAAAGAGACCUCCUGCAGAGGAGGAGAGAAGGGUCCGAGCCAAUGACAGAGAGUACAACGAGAAGUUUCAGUAUGCAAGCAACUGUAUCAAAACCUCCAAAUACAACCUCUUCACCUUUCUGCCAAUUAACCUCUUCGAGCAGUUCCAGGAAGUGGCCAACACCUACUUCCUCUUCCUGCUCAUACUUCAGUUGAUACCUCAGGUCUCCUCCCUGUCCUGGUUCACCACCAUCGUGCCUUUAGCUCUUGUGCUGAGCAUCACUGCGGUGAAGGAUGCCUCUGAUGACUAUUUCCGUCACAAGAGCGACAACCAAGUUAACAACCGGCAGUCUCAGGUCCUCAUCCGUGGUGUAAUUCUAAACGAAAAGUGGAUGAACGUCCGAGUGGGCGAUAUUAUCAAGUUGGAGAACAACCAGUUUGUGGCAGCUGACCUGCUAUUGUUGUCCAGCACUGAACCUCAUGGGCUCUGCUACAUCGAGACAGCCGAACUGGACGGUGAGACCAACAUGAAGGUGCGGCAGUCUGUCUCUGUGACGUCAGAGCUUGGAGACCCGAACAAUUUGUCUUCUUUUGAUGGGGAGGUGGUGUGUGAGACUCCUAAUAACAAGCUGGAUCGCUUCUGUGGGAUUCUGCAAUGGAGAGGCAAGAAAUACACCUUGUCCAACCAGAACAUGCUCUUGCGAGGGUGUGUGCUCCGCAACACGGAGGCCUGCUUUGGCCUGGUCAUCUUUGCAGGACCAGAUACAAAGCUGAUGCAGAACAGCGGUCCCACCAAAUUCAAACGCACAAGCAUCGAUCGUCUGAUGAACACUCUGGUUCUAUGGAUCUUCGGCUUCCUGGUGUGUAUGGGUGUGAUACUGACGGUGGGAAAUGCCAUAUGGGAGCGAGAAGUGGGCUCCCUGUUUCAGAGCUACCUGCCUUGGGACCCCCCUGUCGACAACUUCUUGUUCUCAGCCUUCUUGUCCUUCUGGUCCUACAUCAUCAUCCUCAACACUGUGGUGCCCAUUUCCCUCUACGUCAGCGUGGAGGUCAUCAGGUUGGGUCACAGCUACUUCAUCAACUGGGACCAGAAGAUGUUCUGCUCAGAAUUUAACACAGCAGCUGAAGCCAGAACCACAACUCUGAAUGAGGAGCUUGGGCAGGUUGAAUACAUCUUCAGCGACAAGACUGGGACUCUGACUCAGAACAUCAUGAGCUUCAAUAAGUGUUCCAUUAAUGGAAAAGCUUUUGGUGAAAUGGUAGACCCACUUGGUCCAGCGCUAAAGAGACUGGACUUCAGCAGCUUUAACCCCUUGGCUGACCCCCAGUUCUGUUUCUAUGACGAUGCCUUGUUAGAGUCAGUGAAAGCGGGGGACUCUCACACGCAUGAGUUUUUCCGCCUGCUGUCGCUUUGUCACACAGUGAUGAGUGAAGAGAAGAGCGAGGGAGAAUUGGUCUAUAAAGCUCAGUCUCCAGAUGAGGGCGCUCUAGUGACGGCAGCACGAAAUUUUGGCUUUGUCUUCCGCUCCCGGACACCAGGGACCAUAACAACCAGCGAAACGGGCCGGACAGUCACCUACGCUCUGCUGGCCAUACUGGACUUCAACAACAUACGGAAGAGGAUGUCUGUCAUAGUUCGUAACCCCGAGGGCAGGAUCCGUCUGUACUGUAAAGGAGCCGACACUGUGCUUUUGGAGAGACUCCACCCCUCCAGUCAGAAUCUGAUCAACAUCACCUCAGAUCACCUCAAUGAGUUUGCAGCCGACGGGCUCCGGACUCUGGCUGUGGCCUACAGGGAUCUGUCAGAGAGCGAAUGGGCGUCAUGGUCAGAGAGUCUUCGCUGUGCAGAGAAGGCUUCCAGCUGCAGAGACGACCUGGUGUCAGCUGCUUAUGAGCAAAUCGAACAGGACAUGAUGCUGCUGGGUGCCACAGCUAUAGAGGAUAAGCUGCAAGAUGGAGUCCCCGAGACAAUUGCUGUCCUUUCGCUGGCCAACAUCAAGAUUUGGGUUUUAACUGGAGACAAACAGGAGACGGCGGUGAACAUCGGCUAUUCCUCUAAGAUGCUGACGGAUGAUAUGAGUGAGGUGUUUGUCAUCAAUGGCCAAACAGUCCAGGGUGUACGACAAGAACUCAGGAGAGCCAGAGAAAUGAUGAUAGAGUUGUCAAAGACCAAAGAGUGUGGGGACGCGGAGAUGAUGGACGCAUGGAAACAAACUGAGAAUAACGGUUGCACAGAAGGACCGGAAAGGCUCGGCACGGAAGGAGACUGUGACAGAAGACAGAAGGAGUCGCCUCUUCCGUUGACGAUUCUGGACAGCAUCUCUGGGGAGUUUGCCCUUGUGGUUCAUGGUCACAGUCUGGCCCAUGCCCUGGAGGCUGACAUGGAGGCCGAGUUCAUCUCGACCGCGUGCACGUGCAAGGCGGUGAUCUGCUGCAGAGUGACGCCGCUGCAGAAAGCUCAGGUGGUGGAACUGAUCAAGAAGCACAAGAAGGCCGUCACACUGGCGAUAGGCGACGGGGCUAAUGAUGUUAGCAUGAUCAAGAGUGCUCAUAUCGGAGUUGGCAUCUCAGGUCAGGAGGGGAUUCAGGCUGUGCUGGCCAGCGAUUACUCCUUCUCCCAGUUCCGCUUCCUGCAGCGCCUCCUGCUGGUGCACGGUCGCUGGUCCUACCUGCGCAUGUGCCGAUUCCUCUGCUACUUCUUCUACAAGAACUUUGCCUUCACCAUGGUGCACUUUUGGUUCGCCUUCUUCUGUGGCUUCUCAGCUCAGACUGUGUAUGACCAGUACUUCAUCACUCUCUUCAAUAUCGUCUACACGUCCCUUCCCGUGUUGGCCAUGGGCAUUUUUGACCAGGAUGUCCCUGACCAGCAGAGUGUGGAGUACCCUAAACUGUAUGAGCCGGGUCAACUCAACCUGCUGUUCAACAAAAGAGAGUUCUUCAUCUGCAUCACCCAGGGGAUCUACACGUCUGUGGUGCUCUUCUUCGUCCCCUACAUUGUCCUGUCUGACGCCACUCAGACCACCGGCGAGCCCCUUGCUGACUAUCAGACCUUUGCGGUCACCACAGCGACGGCCCUGGUGAUCGUGGUCAGUGUGCAGAUCUCCCUCGACACAGGCUACUGGACUGUGAUCAACCAUGUGUUUGUCUGGGGCUCCUUGGGCUCUUACUUUGCCAUCAUGUUCGUCCUGCAUAGCCAGACCCUCUUCAGGAUCUCUCCCAGUCAGUUCAACUUCAUAGGAAGUGCCCAGAGCACCUUAUUGCAGCCGGUGGUGUGGUUAACUAUUGCACUAGCAACGGCAAUCUGCGUAGUUCCAGUUUUGGCUUUCCGCUUCCUCAAGUCGGACCUCAAGCCUCAGCUCGCAGACGCGGUUCGCUCCGCUCAGCUGGUGGAUAGCAGGCGGAAGCUCUCCGGAGGCAGCGAUGGAUUCUUCCGUCGACCCCGCAGUUUGUCCGAGGGCCGUCUGGGAGCUCGGGGCGGUUCCCGAAGGUCAGCGUAUGCCUUCGCCCACCAGGAAGGGUUCGGAGAGCUGAUCACCUCAGGGAAGAACAUGCGUCUCUCCACUCUGGCUCUGGCCUCCUUCGCUUCCAGACACAGCACCAGCUGGAUCGAUACGUUGCGCAGAAAGAAAAACAGUUGUGCCCCGUCCAACGCCUCUGGGGAGAGCAGCCCUGCACACAGUUGCGCCUCUGUGUCGGCACCACCGUUGUCAAACUCCUCAUCUGUUCUUGGUGGUUCUCUAGAGACCCCCAUCGGAGAGGAGUCGAGCCCAUCUGAAAAUACUGCGACUGUUUCUUCUUCCCUCCCGCAAACACCGCCAGUCACAACAGCAGAUUUGGCUGCAGAGCAACUGAGGAGGGAGCCGACUGCAGCGGAGGAAGCCGACUCACAAGGAGGCUGGAAGUUCAAUCGGGGUAUUGCGCAGGUUCUCAGCUGGACAGGUCUCACAGGUCGACCAACAGCAUCCAACGCUGCAGAACAGCUCUCAAAAGAGGCCGAGCCAACAGUGUGAAAUAUCAAGUAGCUUUACACGGAGGCUCUGAUCAGAAGUCAAUGAAAACUUGCCUUUACUAGUCCUCGACACACAUCUGCUGCACAUCAGACUGUUUCCUUUCCUAGAACCUGAGAACAUUUUUUAAUAUAACACUGCAAGCCAAGUAUUACUUAGUAUUAUUUAUUAUAUUUGCAUCAUAUUGAUGUGUUUUAUACUGUACUUUGAGAACAGAUUGAUUCAAGUCAGCCUAUUUCUUAUCUACCAAGUUGGAAUUGCUAUAUUUUGAGGGAAUGAUGGUGAUGAUAUAAUCGCAACAAAAUGACUUUUUUCUGUGUAAAUACGUCGGAGUGAGAUAUGUUUAACUGUACUGUGCGAUAUUCAAGUAAAGAUCUAUAUGACCUCUGAGGUCACAGAAGAUUAUUCAGUGGUCUAUAAAAUGGCAAAAUGUGUUCCAAAAUAAAAUGCUAUU